GGGCGGGGCCUUAGCCUCCCGGCCGCCCCUUUCCCUCGCCGCCGGGUCCGCGCUUCUCUCGCCAUGUCCGCCUUGGAGAAGCAGCUGCAGCUGGGCCGCCUGCCCCCUCGGCCCCAGGGCCCCGCGGGUGGAAGCGGGCAGGGCCCCCCCAAGAUGCGGAUGGGACCUGGAAGGAAGCGUGACUACUCUCCAGUCCCAUGGAGCCAGUAUUUUGAAUCUAUGGAAGACGUGGUUGUGGAGACCGAUUCCGGCAAGGAUACUUUUCGAAUUUACAAGAGUGGAUCCGAGGGCCCUGUCUUGCUGCUUCUGCACGGCGGAGGACAUUCUGCGCUCUCCUGGGCUGUGUUCACUUCUGCCAUUAUUAAUCGGGUCCAGUGCAGGAUCGUUGCUUUGGAUCUGAGAGGACAUGGUGAGACAAAAGUGAGGAAUCCGGAGGAUCUCUCUGCAGAAACCAUGUUCAAAGACGUCGGAAAUGUUGUAGAAGCCAUGUACGGAGACCUUUGCCCUCCCAUCAUGUUGAUCGGGCACAGCAUGGGAGGCGCCAUUGCAGUGCACACGGCUGCCUCCAACUUGGUACCCAGCUUGUUGGGUCUGUGUAUGAUUGAUGUGGUGGAAGGAACAGCCAUGGAUGCACUGAACAGCAUGCAGAAUUUCCUUCGGAGUCGCCCCAAAACAUUCAAAUCUCUUGAGACUGCCAUUGAGUGGAGUGUGAAAAGUGGACAGAUACGAAAUCUUGAAUCUGCCCGAGUGUCCAUGGUUGGCCAAGUCAAACAAUGUGAAGGAGCUGCAAGCCCUGGAGGUCCUAAAACCAUUGUGGAGGGGAUUAUAGAAGAGGAGGAAGAGGAGGAGGAAGAGGAAGGGGAAAAUGGAGAAUCUGUGAACAAAAGAAAGAAAGACGAUGAUGCAGAGAUCAAGAAGGACGUGGCGUACACGUGGCGGAUUGAACUGGCCAAGACAGAGAAGUAUUGGGACGGCUGGUUCCGGGGUCUCUCCAACCUCUUCCUCAACUGCUCUGUUCCCAAGCUGCUGCUCUUAGCUGGUGUUGACAGACUGGAUAAAGAUCUAACAAUCGGCCAGAUGCAAGGGAAAUUCCAGAUGCAAGUCCUUCCACAAUGCGGCCAUGCGGUCCAUGAGGAUGCUCCGGACAAAGUUGCUGAAGCCGUUGCAACAUUUUUGAUCCGUCACAGGUUUACAGAACCCAUUGGUGGAUUCCAAUGUGUUUUUCCUGCUUGUUAAUAACCUGGAAACCCACCAGCACUAACUUCCUGUUGUAAAUAAAACUGCACCAGAGGCCACCGUGGCGUAUUCUGUAUCCUCUUCAUCAAACCCCAGUUUGAUUUCCCAAUGCACACUGAUGGGCGCGAGACUCAUCUGAGGAAGAAGUCAGCCAGUGAACGGCUAGAUCGCCUCUGCCUCCCUGCCCUUGUCUGCCUUUUCCUUUCCCCUGGAUGUUGGUUUUUCUUUCCGUUUGUCCUGAGGAAGUCCGAUUACAAAUCUGAAUGGCUUUGCAUAUGAAAUUGCAGGUGAUUGUGAGGGACUCUUGGGCAUCUAAGGCUGGUUCAUUCCGUUGUAUAAACCUGAGAACAUUAAAGAGGUUUCUUCUCUGGAAGAAGCUGUGAGAAGCCUAC